AUGUCUGAGCCUAGCGCCGAACUCGAAUCCACACUCCGCAAGCUGUCCAUAGGUGGAAAGGGCCCAGUACAAGACAUUCCCCGACCAAACGUGAAAAAGUUCCAAACAGCAGCCGUGACAUUAAACCACAAAGCCAAUUCAAAAAUACACCGCAAACCUGUUGCAGACUCUUGGGAAGACGAAGCAGACCUCUCCGCCCCGGAAAGUGAGGAAGCCCAGCCCCACGACGAAGACGCUGCCCCGGUGCUCUCGCCAACCAUCAGCGCUGAGGGACCGCUAGAUCCCCCGCCGACACCUAUCUCCCCGCAAACUUCCAACCCGUGGAUGGCGAGAUCUGCUUCUCCUGCUUCGGCGAAGGGCCCCCCUACCCGUCGCCCGGAGAAGCAGACUGCUGUUGCAGAGCGGCUGAUUGCCGGCGCGUUGGGGAUCCGUGCCCCAAAGCGGACAGAGCAGCAACGAGCGUACGAUCGCUCAGUCAAAGAGCAGGAAAUCCGGAGGCGGAAUCGCGAGCGUGAAGAGAAGGCUAAGGCUAAAGAGGAGGAAGAGAGAAUGAAGGCUUCUAUUUGGAACAAUUAG